CAUGGACGAGUUCGCCAUUCCUAUCAUUUUGCUUGUUGCUUUUGCCUUGAACGACAAAAUGAAGAAGAAUUCACUAGAGAUUCGGCGUCUUUAUAUCUACAGCUGAAACAUGUCCUCCUCCAAGUAUUUGCAAGGACUCAAGUCAUUCAUCGGGACUUGCGCCAAAUCAAAGGAUUUCCAUCAGUUUGCCGGAAAGAUACGACCGAUUUCCGCUACGGAAGGACAUGUAAAAGUAGAGUUCGAAGUAAUACCAGCAAUGCUGAACCCAGCUGGAACUCUUCAUGGAGGUUGCACAGCCACCCUCGUCGAUAUGUUCACCACCCAAGCUUGUAUGGCUUCUCCCCGUGGUCUUCCAGGAGUUAGUGUGGAUAUGCAUAUCACAUAUCUGUCGGCGGCCAAAGAAGGUGAAACAGUUCUUAUCGAUGCUGAAGUAAUCCGUGAGGGCAAAACACUAACAUUCACAAGGGCUGAUCUCAUCAAUACAGCUACUGACAAAAUCAUCGCCACCGGACUGCAUACGAAAGCCUUUCCUCGUGCUAAGACAGCAGAGAAAAAGUCGUGAAUUCUAAGUAUGCAUCGUUAAGCACAAUAGAAAUUUAAUUAUUUAUUGAGAGAACCCGAGCAUUUUGACACAUUUACUAAUUGGAGUAAUCAUUUUCGUUUCUUCUUGAUUCCAAGAUCAAGACCUUCUAUGAACUUCUUGUCGAUUCCAUAAUCUCUCAAUAAAAGUUCACCAAGA